UUGUGUAGCUAUUUGAAUAAGUUGGUAGAAAAAACGCCAUUAUUACUAAAAUAACAACAUAGAUGUCUAACACAUGUAAAUAACUACAUAUGUAUACAGUUGUAAAGUUAGUACAAACUGAAUAGAACAAAGUGUCGGAGUAAUCAGUCGGAUGUUUCGUGCACAUUACAUCAAAUGUGAGGGGAAGAAACAAAUCGGGAGUCGAUUUUACGCUUAAAUUGCUUUAAGGCGGCAUAAAGAUAUUCUUCAUUUGCUUUAAAUAAAAACAAUAGUACAUGUACAUCGGUAAAAAUAUUAGCCAGCUUAUAAAAUAUUGCAGUAUUCGUGAGUGAUCUACAAACGGUUGUGUCCUUAAAGAUUAACUGUAAAUAUAGUUAAUAAAGAAAAAUAUGAAUCGGACUCGCAAAAAAAUUAUUCGACCAAAGAACCCAUAUUCUAGCGCAAAUUUCUUCUCCCGUUGGAGUUUUUGGUGGAUGAAAGAUCUCUUUCGUCGUGGCUUCCAAGGACCAUUGGAGGAUGAGGAACUAUAUCAACAUCACAAAGAGUUUGACAGCGCUCGUUUGACCGAAAAGUUUAGUCAUUUGUGGGAUAAGGAAUGUACGAGGAAGGAUCCCAGUGUUGUGCGCUUGAUUGUUAAGGCAUAUGGGGCUGUGUUUCUACCAUUAGGUUUAUUAUAUUCAAUAUGUGAAUCUACAACCAAAGCUUUGCAACCACUCUUUUUGGGCGGUCUUGUGGCGUACUUUGCCAGUGGUCAAACUUCUAUAACUAAGGAUAACGCCUACCUUUUUGCAGGAGGCAUUGUUCUGUGCUCCAUCAUUCCAGUGCUAACAUUCCAUCCUUUUAUUUUCUACAUUUUUCAAGUUGGCACAAAAAUUCGUUUGGCCUUAUCCGGUCUUGUGUAUCGUAAAUGCCAACAAAUCUCAAAAAGUGCAUCCAAUGACGGACUACGUGCGCGUGCCAUAAAUAUACUUUCCAACGAUUUGGGAAGAUUUGAUGUGGCUUUGUGCUUCUUGCAUGACCUUUGGAAGGGCCCUACUGAAUCUCUGCUAAUAGGAUAUUUGAUGUAUCGAGAAAUUGGAAUAUCGGCUGUAAUUGGUGUCGCGUUUAUGUUAAGCUUUAUACCACUUCAGGCGUGGGCCGGAAAGAAGGCCGCUUACUAUAGACAAAAGACAGCGGAGCGAACUGAUUUGAGAGUGAAAUUGAUGAACGAAAUAAUCCAAGGAAUACAAGUUAUAAAAAUGUACGCCUGGGAGAGAUCUUUUGCCAAAGUUAUUGCUGAUGUUCGAUUAAAAGAGGUGAAAGCAAUUCGUGGAACUUCCUACAUCCAUGCCGCUCUCAGCUGCACAUCAAUGAUUUCGCCAUUAUCCGUCUUUCUGGCAUUAGUCUCAUACGUUUACCUUGGAGACGCGCUAACGGCCAAACGUGUUUAUACAGUGUCAUCGUAUUUCAAUAUGUUAAAUGACUCCAUGGUUCACUUUUGGCCUUUAGCCAUAACAUUCAUUGCUGAGGCGUACGUGUCGGCUCGAAGAUGUAAGGAAUUUUUAUUGGAUGGCGAUCAAGCUGAAGCUCCACUAAAGCUGGAAAAAAAAUCGAAAAAAAAAUAUGAAAACGACGACCUGAACAAAAACAAACUGGAUAAAAACGAGUCAAUUGGCAAAUAUGAUAGCAAUCCUUUGCCAGAAUCGAGCCCUAUUAAAAAAGUAAGAACACUUAAUGUCGGCGCCCCAAGUAAAUGUAUCAUUCUUCGCGACACCUGUGCAACGUGGGAGACAAAUGCACUGCCCGGCUUUCGGAAUAGUGCGGUUGAAAAACUUAAUGCGCAAAUAAUGAAUAAAACACUAGCAGCUAUUGUGGGGCCAGUGGGUUCCGGGAAGACGACAUUUUUAAAUGUUCUCUUGGGAGAGGUUGAAAUAGAUUCGGGAGAAGUUCUGGUAAAUGGCAAGGUUUCAUAUUGCUCGCAAGAGCCAUGGAUAUUCGAGGGUACUGUUCGUGAUAAUGUAGUGUUUGUGGAAGAUUUUAAUGAGCGUCGCUACAAACGAGUUCUGAAAGUAUGUGCGCUAGAACGGGAUCUCGAAUUGCUACCCCGGGGUGAUCUCACAAUAGUCGGGGAACGUGGCGUCAGUUUAAGUGGAGGACAAAAAGCGCGUAUAAAUCUUGCCAGAGCUGUAUAUCGCAAAGCUGACAUUUACUUAUUAGAUGAUCCCCUUUCCGCCGUCGACACACACGUUGGAAAACAUAUAUUUGAAAGAUGCAUCAAUGAUUUCCUAUCAAAUAAAAUACGAGUUUUAGUUACACAUCAACUCCAGUACCUCUUUGACGUGGAACAUCUUAUUCUAAUGGGAUCCGGUUGUAUUGUUGCUCAGGGCAGUUAUCAGGAAUUGCAGAAGUCAAAACAAUUUCAGUUCUUGGCAAGUUCUUCUAGUGUUACACCGAACGGAGAAACACUAGACGAGAUAAGUGUUAGUAGUCACGUUUCCCGAAGCGAUUCCGAUAAGAGCGGCGAAAAUUACCACCCAGUCCUGCGACCUGGUGAAAAGCCGGUAGAGGAUGUAAAUCGGGAAGCCCAAGCAGUAGGUUCUGUAAAGCUUGACGUCUAUUUGUCGUACUUCAAAGCUUUAGAAAGUACAUUCAUUUUGAUCCUGAUAGUUGGUCUUUUUAUAUGUACACGAGUUAUGUUAAAUGGUGUGGACUAUUUCCUUUCGAGAUGGGUUAUUUGGGAAGAAAACAUCGGCCAGUCUAUCGAAGAGUCUCCUGCAAAUGCUCUUAAUUCUACAGCUAUUGCCGAUAACAAUUGGGAGGAGCAGGAACGUCAGAAACGUGUGAUAAUUUAUUCUAUCAUGUUGGGUUCAACUUUAAUUGUCUACUUAUUUAGAACUUUUGGAUUUUAUAGCAUGUGCUUGCGCAUCUCUUUGAAAUUACAUGAUCGUUUAUUCCGUGGAAUAACUCGAACAAGCAUGUACUUCUUCAAUACCAACUCUUCAGGACGCAUCUUAAACCGUUUUUCAAAAGAUAUCCGAACUGUCGAUGCCGAUCUACCGCAAACCUUAAUGGAUUGUCUAUCAUUCGCUAUUGAUAUCUCUGGAGUAAUGAUUAUAGUCGCCGUUGCAAACUACUGGUUAUUAGUACCUGCUGUUGUGAUUAUUAUUUGUCUAGUGCUCAUACGUUUUGUUUACAUCAAGACAAGUCGCAGUGUGAAACGUUUGGAGUCAAUCUCUCGCAGUCCGGUUUAUUCAUUAACAAACCAAACGUUUCAAGGACUUACAACGAUACGCGCUCUAGAAGGGGAAGCAGCCUUGGAAGUAGAAUUCCAUGACUACCAAAACGCCAACACCUCUGCGUGGUUCCUUUUUCUUUCGUGUACUCGAGCUUUUGCCAUGUGGACAGAUAUAAUUUGUGUUAUUUACAUAACGAUGGUCACAUUCAGUUUCCUUGUGUUGGGUUCUGAGUUUAAUAGUGGUGAUGUUGGUUUAGCUAUUCUGCAUUCUAUUACAAUGAUUGGUAUGUGCCAAUGGGGCAUGCGACAAACCGCAGAACUAGAAAACCAAAUGACGAGCGUAGAGCGCAUUUUGGAAUAUACUGAGCAACCCCCCGAGGCAGCAAUGGAAACAGAGCCAAAAUACAAACCCAAAUGUGAAUGGCCCAAUGAAGGACGCAUAGAGUUUAUUAACUUCAAGUUCAAAUACAGUCCCAAGGAUGCAUAUGUUUUAAAAGAUAUAAAUUUUGUCACACGACCAAAUGAAAAACUUGGUAUUGUUGGAAGGACUGGCGCAGGAAAGUCAUCAAUCAUUCAAUCACUCUUUCGCCUGGCAUAUAAUGAGGGCAUUAUAUAUAUCGAUGGCAUCGAUAUAGAAAACUUAGGCUUGUAUGACUUGAGGAGUAACAUCUCAAUAAUACCCCAAGAUCCUGUCUUAUUUUCGGGAACAUUGCGUUAUAAUUUGGAUCCAUUAGAGGAAUGCCGAGACGAUGAUAUGUGGAAGGCUCUGCAGGAUGUUGAGCUAAAAAGUCACGUGUCUACAUUAAUUGGUGGUCUUAAUUGCCGUAUGUACGACGGCGGAUCUAACUUUAGCGUUGGCCAGAGACAACUGGUUUGUUUGGCAAGAGCAAUUUUGAGAAAAAACAAAAUAUUAAUUUUGGAUGAAGCAACCGCUAAUGUUGACCCCGAGACCGAUAAACUCAUCCAAAAGACCAUACGAUCAAAAUUCUCAGCAUGCACUGUGCUAACCAUAGCCCAUCGUCUGCACACUGUUAUGGAUUGUGAUCGAAUCUUAGUAAUGGAUGCUGGACAACUCGUUGAGUUGGGUCAUCCAUUUGAACUACUCCAAAAACCCGGCGGCUUCUUGCGCACUUUGGUCGACCACACUGGCCUCGCGACGGCAUCUGCUUUGUUUCUGGCAGCAGAAGAGAAUUACAAACGUCGAAAUCACGACUCUCAAGGGGAACACAAGAAGUUAACAUGAAAUGUGAUUACAAGUAUUAUAAUCAAAAUUAAACUAAAGAAUUUAUGAAAGUAUACCUACUUAAUUUUACAAGUAGAAAAUUUUUAAUAAUUUUGUACUGCCACUUAAUGUAUGUAUAUCUGUGUACUUAAUUGGUAAGUUUUCACAAUAGAUAAUUGUGUUUGUGUUAAUAACUACGGUGCUUAUUAGUCAAUUGAUUGUAACAAACUUUUAUACUAUUGUAUACAUUAUUAGAAGAAAUUGCAGCCGUAUAUAGUAAAAUUUCUUACAAAUUGUUUUGUGUUCAUUGUACUUUAAGAUUAGUACUUAAGAUAUACCUUUAAAACUGAAUAUGUACUUGUAUUAUAGCACAAUGGGUGAUUAAAAUCAACAUUUACCAUGCCACAACGUCUAAGUUUUCUGGUUUUCACGAAUAUCGUUGUUGUUGUUGCAGUGCGUUGUGUUCUAUCUUUCGUCUGCUUGAACUGGGGAGACAGUCCGUCGCAGUUCGAAGAGUGGCAUUCUGACAGAUCUGAAUAUUAUUCCACUGCGUGUUACAGAGCUGACGAGAUCACACUAGCGCUGCAUAACUUGCCACAGGCUGGCCUAUUGCCAUGGACGUGGUCAACAAGGUAUUUUUGCCACCACCGCAAUGCUCCCGGAAAGUGAUAAAUAAUAAUAGUAGUAAUAAUAAUAAAGUUUAAAAAGUUUAAAAAUUA